UUUGUAUUGAGAAUUUCUUACACGUAAAUAAUUACGCUAAUUGAAUAGGUAUCAUCUGAAUGCUGCACAGCUUUUGUUUCCGUUUGAAAGUGUGAACAUAUCGCACCACAAACGGCUUGGGAAGCACGUAUUGGCAGACUCAACAAAAUUCAAGGCCCAAGCCAAGCAACACCAGUAAGAUCAACGAAAAGUAAAAUGAGACGGAACGUGCGUCCUCAACAUGUUAACUGGGAUCAAAACGAACCGUUCGAAGUAGAGGAUAUAUUUGCGCGCCCCGCCUACGAUGAUGAUGAUUUUGCUGAAUUGAUGCAUAUGAGGACUAGAGCUAGCAAUGGCCAUGCCAAGCUAGCUCGAUUUGAAAAUACGCUGGAGGUGAAGGUGCAAGAGGGCGAUACCCUGCAAGCAUUGGCCUUACGAUUCCACUGUAGCGUUGGAGAUAUUAAGCGUCUGAACAAGAUCGAUAGAGAGAACGAGAUACAUGCACAUCGGAUUAUAAGAAUCCCCGUAACGGUUCAUAAUGUACUCCUUGGCAAUGGCACGGAUGCUUUACCAGCUGUUCAUAGAAGUGGUAAUAAUAGUCCCCGACACAAUGCGGAUCGAGAGCUAGGCAUUGAGCGAAAUCCUCUGGAGGAUGCUCGUUUGAUGCUAGAUGAGAGACUGUUAGUUGCCGCAGUAAAUGCUUCGGGUGGCGAACAGCCUUCAACUAGCAAAGCUGCUGCUAAUCGUAGUAACGAUUUCUAUGAAAGAGUUGGUGGAAUGGGCUUUCCAGACGAUGCAGCUAAUAUGGAACGACCCCUGGACGAAAGUGAAAUGCUGUUGGAUAGACAUGCCCCAUUAUUGCGACCCAUACCGGGUCCAUCUUUGCGUGCCAUUGACUGGUCUGGCUCCGACUGUGACAUGUCUUGGAUAUGUUUGCUAAUAUUUAUACUUGCUCUGUGUGUUGUCAUACCUUUGGUUACUGUUAUCUAUUUGGCAGAGCAUCCACAUCACAAUCACACAUCUAAGUAGAUUGAUUAUCUUCUGCUCUGAACACAAAGUGAUCAUCAUUCCAAAUGCACAUCACGGUGAAAUCAAAUAGAACUAACUCUCAAUCUUGUUUUUUUUUGUCGCUCAAACGUGUGUCAUUGCAAAUGGCAACGUACUAUAGAAUUUAUUUUUAUAAAAGAUAUAUUUAAAUUUUAGAGAAAUUUUAACUACAUAAGACAUAAGUUGAUAUGUACGUAUAACGUUGAAUAUACCACUACAAAUACAAAUGUAGUGUACUCGACUAUUUGCCAAAUCGACUAAGGAUUUUAUGAUUUAACAAUGCACGAUGUUUUAUUCAUCUAAAUCAUAAACAUAUGUAUAUAUAUAUAUUAGUCUUAAAUGUGUUGUGUUUUUAAACAUGUAUAAUAUUACCUCCUAAAUUGUAGGUGAUCGAUUUUUAAAUGAAAUAAAAACCUAA